ACCUCCCAUUUCUCCCAGGCUUUUGGGCGAAGGAGAGUGAAAUGCCCGGUUUCAUUGGGUGUGCCCUUUCUUAUCUUUAUCCUUUUCCCUUGUUUUCAAGGGGGGGAUUACACACAAGUAAGCAUGUAUGAAAACAAAGUAUUCCUUUUAGCAUCUUGAGUAAAAUUAGCAAACAAUUAGAGAAUGUUAAUUAGUUGAUUAACAAACUGAUUAACCCAACUAGGAAAUGUCAUCAGUGUGAGUGAGUCUGGGGUUUGUUGCCUGUAGCUUGCUCUGCCAGUUUAGGUGCAGGUGUGAUUUUUUUCCUUAGCGGUUGGUUCUCUGACUGCUUUCUGUCUCCGGUUCUUAUGGUGCGGAUCCCUGAUUAGAGUCUCAGCUGCCGGAGGGGAGGUCUUCCUGCAUGGGCUGCCUUCUGCCCAGCUGUCCUCCCGCACAGUGGCUAUGGCCCUGUUGCACUCUAUGUGGUGGGGGGGUGCUCUUUUUUUCCCUUCCAUUCCCUUGUAUCUGAUUCUCAAAGAUGGCAGUUUUCUUGGCAAGGCUUUGCAGAAUUCGCUUUUUCCCUUGCCACACAAAACUCGAUCUCUCCGUCUGCCAUUGCUUCAGUGGCACGUCCAUUGUCAAAAUAGGGGUGAUCUGUGGGCCAAAGCUGUUCUGCCCAACAAUGACGAUUAUAAUUUUUCCAAACUUAGCACACCCUUAAUUUGGUUUCACCUGUUAAUAUAAUUGUUCGAAAUAACACAGAAUCUGUAUUAGUAAUAAUACUGCUCAUUACUAUUCAUACCAUUUCUCCACUUUCCCGUUUUGUCUCAAUCUUUAACCAUCUUUCCAUCAAUUGUUUUUGCUCUUCCAUCCUUAUGUUUAACAUCUUUGUUUUCUCAUUAUUCCUUUUAAAUCCAGUUAAUGCACCAACAUCCUUUAUUUUUUUCAUUUAUAUUUCUAUUCCUUCCAAAGGACUUUCCAGAAUUAUCAUCAGAUCCUGGCCAAUGCCCAUAAUUCAUGUUUUCCUUCUAAUCCGGCUUUCCUGCGGGCGCAGGCUUCCUUCCGACAGCCUCGCACCGCGGCUCUUCGUCUGCCAACCGGGAAUCUUCCCAAAAGCCGGGCCGCUUCUGCCUCCGGCUCCGGGCCCAGGAUGGCCACCCGGCCCUGCGCUGAGCGGAGGAGACGGACGGGGCGUGGCGCCCGGUGCCCGGGUAGGGCAGAGGUGGAAGCCGCCGGCCAGGGCCCCGCUCGUGGCCGCAGUUCCAGACCUCCACCCUCCACACGAAAAGGUGCCUUAGGGAUGCCCGAACGCCGCGCGGUCCUUGGCGCUGCGCGACCGCCGGCCUCGGCUGCAGGAGAGGGGCAGGAGGGACCGGAGGCGCCCCUGGCGACGCACUAGCAGGUGACACCCGCCUGCUGCGAGCUCAGACGGCCCCGACCGGGCGCGUGUCCUGCCCCGGGCACUAGCUCCCAGGGUGCCCGUGCGGGAAGCUCCGCCCAGGGGCCUCCCAGUCCCACCCUCGCUCCUCCCUCCUGCCGAGGCGCGAUGGGGGCGUCGGUGUUUUUCGGCUGCUCCUGCAUCGCCUUCGGGCCGGCGCUGGCGCUCUGCCUUCUGACUGUGGCCGGGGACCCCCUGCGCGUCCUUAUCCUGGUGGCAGGGGCCUUCUUUUGGUUGGUCUCCCUUCUCUUGGCUUCCCUGGUCUGGUUCAUUUCCAUUCACCUGAGUGACCAGGAGAACAAGCGGCUGCAGCAUCUCCUGCUGAUGUUUGGGGCAACGGUGUCUGUCUUGCUGCAGGAAGCCUUCCGUUUUGCUCACUUCAAGCUCCUCAAGAAAGCUGAUGAAGGGCUUGUAACCAUAAGUGAGGAUGGGCGCUCACCCAUUUCGACCAAACAAAUGGCCUAUGUGUCAGGCCUCUCCUUUGGAAUUAUCAGCGGCGUCUUCUCCGUCAUUAACAUCCUUGCAGAUUCCAUUGGUCCCGGCACAGUUGGCAUCCACGGGGAUUCGCCCUAUUACUUCAUCACUUCAGCUUUCCUGACCAUGGCCCUGGUUUUCUUACACACAUUCUGGGGGGUCGUUUUCUUUGAUGCCUGUGAGACGAGACGCUACUGGAAGUUGGCCCUGGUGGUUGUCAGCCACCUGGUGAUAUCUGGGCUGACAUUUCUGAACCCAUACUAUGAAGCAAGCCUUAUUCCCAUCUUCCUGAUCACCGUCUCAACAGGGGUGUGGGCCUUUUUCACAGCUGGUGGUUCGCUGCGCAACAUCCUUGCCUGCCUCUCCUGCAGGGAGAAAGAGAAUGGCCACAUUAUGGUGUAUUCUGAGCUGCAGCUCCCUAUGGAGGACUGAGCCCCUGCCUGUUGGAUCCUGGCAGUCGGAGGCUUCCUAGAAAAGAUGAGAUACUCUCCACACCUCCGGGCAUGGCUCUUCAUCUGGGACAAGGGCUCCAGAGCUGAUCAGAUGGUCGAAGCUCCUGCCUGGCCCUGGGACGGCAGAAGAGGCUCCUUGGCCCAAAAGAUGGCUUGGAGGGCAGGAAGGCUAACUCUGUGCCUUGGCUGGUGGCUGGGAACCCUCCCCCUCCCCCCAACUCUGCUUAUUUUCCUUUGCUUCUUUUUUCGCCCUGGAAAAUGGACCCUCGGGUUCUCCUGGAGAGCUGAGCAAGCCCCUUAAGACGAACGACUCCCAGACCGCGUUUCCUAGUGGAUUCUGCUGGAUUCGUAACAUGGCUGGAGGUUUUGUGGGCUACGGCUGAGCUCCCCAUGUGCCAACAAAAUCCCUUUGUUCUCAGCCUGAACUUUUCCUUCAUCCACUGAGGAAUCCUGUGUAUGGGCACUGGACCUGGUGAGGCGCAAGAGCACCACCUGCUGGCUAGGAGGUGCUGCUGUAUCUGUAGGAACACAAAGGAUCUUUCUUGCUCUAUUUUUUUUUUUUUUUAUAAAGUCCCAGUCCUACUUUCUUUCUUUAAUGUUGAGCCCUAAAUCCUUUUAUGAGUUGGUCCGUAGUGCAGUUAAUAAAAAGAAAUUAUCUGGUAAGUAUUAUCGUGCUGCGUCGCCUCGGGCAGAGACUAAAGCGGGCCCUGCCUGUGGGUGGCACAAAGGCAUCUCGCGCUGUGGGGUCCUUUCCGGACAUAGACUUCUGUUUCUGCCUCUGGAUCAAAAGCCUGCUCAAGCUCAAAAGCUGGGUUUGCACAGCGUGUUUGUCUUGACUCAAAUACGGCUGAGUGGUUUGUCACCCAGGUGUUUUGAGAAGCCAGCCCUUGUCUUAGCACAGCUGGUUUUGUGAAAGUAGCAGUUGUGUUUUGUUGAGUGGGAUAUUGAAUACUGAGAGACCAGCCCAGAUAUUCAACCUGGGCCAUGGGAUUCCCA